CUUCAUUUGCCUCAUCUCCAAUGUGUCCAAAUUCCCCAAGCACCCAAACAAGGCAACUUACCCAUCACACGCGGCUUAUAAUACACCCGGCCGCAGCCUAACAUUCCCCAUUAGGGUUUUUAAGAUCAGGUUUUGUCACUCUUAUAUUUCUCUGUGCCGCAUUGGUUAGGGUUUUCAGUAGCCACAACAGCAACCCUUUCACAAAACGUUCUCUGCAAUUUUCUCUGCACCCAAACGUACUCUAAACCCAACUCCCACCAAUCUCUGAUUCAUGGCGUCGAAUAAUCUGUGAAGGGUUUCGUGGUUGCUUUUCAAAGUCGGUGUAUUUCUAGGGUAUUGAAUCGGACUUUUCGGAGCUGCAGAAAUGGCAACCGCGAACCCUUUCGAUCUCUUGGGUGAUGACGACAACGAGGACCCAAGUCAACUUCUCGCUGCUCAGCGGCAGAAGCUGCCUCCGCCUCAGCCCAAGAAGCCCCAGCAGGCCCAACCUGCUCAGCCCGCUAAGCUUCCUUCCAAGCCACUUCCUCCUACUCAAGCUGUGAGGGAAGGGAAGUAUGAAACUGGCCGUGGAGGGGGCCGUGGUGGUGGACGCGGGUUUGGCCGUGGACGUGGUGGAGGUGGUGGUGGAUUUCCUCGAGAUCCAAUCAGCAAUGAGAGCGCUAAUGGUGUUUAUGGUGGAUACAGAGCACCAGAAGAGGGAGAUACAGGGAAACCUUCUGAAAGACGUGGUGGCUACGGUGGGCCUCGUGGUUCCUUCCGUGGUGGGCGUCGUAGUGGUUUUAACAAUGGGGACGAUGCAGAAGGGGAACGCCCUCGGAGGGUAUUUGAUCGCCGCAGUGGUACAGGACAUGGAAGUGAGUUUAAACGUGAUGGGGCUGGUCGUGGGAAUUGGGGAACACCCACCGAUGACAUUGCUCAGGAGACUGAAGAGCCUGGAACUGAAAUUGAGAAGAAUGUUGGUGCUGAGAAGCAGUUGGGAGAGAAUGAGGCUGCUGAUGCCAACAAGGAGAAUACUGUGAAUGAGUCGGAAGAGAAGGAGCCGGAGGAGAAGGAGAUGACUUUAGAAGAGUAUGAGAAGGUGCUUGAAGAGAAGAGGAAGGCUCUGCUUGCAUUGAAGACUGAGGAAAGAAAGGUUGAUUUGGACAAAGAGUUGAAGUCCAUGCAGCAGCUUUCAAACAAGAAGGAAAACAAUGACAUCUUUAUCAAACUGGGUUCUGAAAAGGAUAAGCGCAAAGAGGCAGCUGAGAAAGAAGAGAGAGCCAAGAAGUCUGUUAGCAUAAAUGAGUUUCUGAAGCCAGCUGAAGGGGAGAGGUACUAUGGUGGUCGUGGUCGAGGCCGUGGCCGUGGUCCACGAGGUGGAUACAGUGGCGGACCCGGAGGUUACUCAGGCAGUGCAGCACCCUCCAUUGAAGACCCUGGGCAGUUCCCGACUCUGGGUGGUAAAUGAUAGUCUCCACUUCUUCCAGCUCUAUCCAUUUAAUCCAUUGGGGUUUUAUGUGAUACCAUUAGUGAGUGGCAGGCUGUCCACAGGAAUAUUAAGAACUAUUUUGAUUAUCUAUGCUUUUUUGGAGUGUAAAUUUUUAUGACUUGGACAAACGAAUCAUGCAUCAGUUUUGAGUUGGAAUAGGUUGGAACAGAGUAAAGUGUUUUUGAAUUCUACUGUUGGCUUUACUUGAUUAUUAAUUAGUCUUUCUUUAGUCUUUAAUUA